CAGUUUCAAUCCCCCUAAAUCUUACGGACCACAGGAAGCGCUCACAAUUCAAACGAUCACGACAAUAAAAUUUGAAUAUCUGGAUUCUAUUCCGAUAAUGUAAUGUGACGGAGUAAAUUACAUCGCAGAGUGGAAAUAUUGGAGCGGUCAAGUAUGGAAGAGGAAAUGACGAUGACAGUGGAAGGACAGGGGGACCCUGGAGGCAGUGAGGGGGAGUCAGGAGUAGACAUGCCCACCACUAACACCAACAAGAGGGGACGUGGUAGGUCCAAAGGAUCCAAGAAGCUGCAGGUGUGGGUAACGCAUGUGGACCUAUCAGAGUUUGGUUCAGGCCUUUUAAAUGGUGGCCCCGCACAGCCACUAAGGAGCAGAGGGAGUCCUGAAAACCCCCCUCCUAGGCCCCGGGGCCGGCCGAAAGGUUCAGGCUUGAAGAGGCUGGCCCCCAGUGGGGAGGCUCCUGUAGCAGGGGAAUCUACCAGGAAGAGGGGCCGGCCAAAAGGUUCAGGCUUGAAGAAGCUGGCCCCUAGUGAGGAGGCUCCUGUAGCAGGGGAAUCUACCAGGAAGAGGGGCCGGCCAAAAGGUACAGGCUUGAAGAAGCUGGCCCCUAGUGAGGAGGCUCCUGUAGCAGGGGAUUCUACCAGGAAGAGGGGCCGGCCAAAAGGUUCAGGUUUGAAGAAGCUGGCCCCUAGUGAGGAGGCUCUUGUAGAAGAGGAAUCUACCAGGAAGAGGGGCAGGCCAAAAGGUUCCACCAACAGAAAAACACCUGCCAAGUUUGCUGAUAGAGCAGAUGAUUGGGACUUAGGUAUGCUCAAGGAAUCCCCCUCUUUAAAGCGCACCGCAGAAAGUUCAAAGAGUGAGGACGAGGAGGAUGGCGAUCCCGGAACCCCCAGAAAGAGGGGAAGACCCAAGGGUUCUCCUAACAAGAAAACCAGGCUGGCAGUAAAGAGAGGUGUUAGCAGUGAGUGCGAGACACGGAGCGACUCCUCUGGUUCCAGAAACAGCCUAGAUGAAGGAAGGGUUUCUGCGAAGCAGACAAUGGAAGAUAUCGAUGGACAAAAGUCAUCUCUGAGAGGGAGGGGAAGACCAAAGGGUUCUCCUAACAAGAAAACCAGGCUGGCAGCAAAGAGAGGUGUUAGCCGUGAGUGCGAGACACGAAGCGACUCCUCUGGUUCCAGAAACAGCCUAGAUGAAGGAAGGGUUUCUGCGAAGCAGACAAUGGAAGACAGCGAUGGACACAAGUCAUCUCCGAGAGGGAGGGGAAGACCCAGGAAAGACAUCGGCCAGAGGAUUGACGCAGGCCAGAGAGUCCCGGAUGGUGCCUCGCCUGCUAAGAGGGGACGAGGGAGGCCAAAGGGAUCACCAAAUAAAACCUACCCACGUGUCCAUCAAUCCGAUGGAAGGUCACGGAAACCCAGUCUUCCCUUCGUCUAUACAGAUCGGUUUGGACCAAAACCAAAGGGGCGCGGCCAACCAAAGAAGGAGAUGCUUAAACGGGGUCGGCCGAGGAAGAACCCCUUGCCGCAGGCCGGGGAUAUGAUGAGGCCUAAAGUGUGGAAACCGCUGGGGAGGCCGCGCAAAUACCCACGGCUUGAUCCUCCAGAGGGCCUGGCGACCCCCCGCAGAGCCAGAGGGCGUCCCCGCAAGUUGGAGAUCAAAAGAGGGUGUAUUACAAGCAAAGCAGCCACUCCUCAGCCCAGAGUACCCAGCGAUGGGAGGGCCAGAUCCAGGGGGCGUGCCUCGGGUACUGUCAAAGAUACCCCUCCCCGAAAACGAGGACGCCCCAAAGGUUCCCUCAAUAAAUCGAAAGUGGCAAAACAGGCACAGGAGUCAGAGCAGGAGUCAGAGCAGGAGCAGGAGCAGGAGCAGGAGGAGGAGGAGGAGGAGCAGCAGCAGCAGGAGGUGGAGGUGGUCGUGGAAGAGGAUGCUGGGGAAAACGAGAAAGGCAUUCCACCGCUUGAGGCAGACGACACAGAAUUCACAGCAGAGGCCAUAUGAUGUGGUUUGAGCUAGAAGUUGGCUGGCCUCAGGAGACUGCAGUAACAGUCACAGUAUGGACAAUACCUCUGGUUGGUUGCGGUUGAAUACCGAAAACAAAAAUACAUUGUUUUUUGAACAGGCUUAUUUUUUAUAUUUUGUCAUUUGGAUGGAUAGAUAUACUGCCGGUUUAUAAUGUUAUUCGUGAUUGAUUGUUCAUUAAUUAAAACAUGCCUUCACUGAAACUCACAA